GGCGAGGGAUGCAACCACACAGCCCAGGCAGGGCUGGAGGGCCAGGAUGCACGUGGUGAAAGAGGCACCCUCCUGAAUGUCAGUGUGAGUGACCAUGACCGCUCAGACUCCCUCCUCCUGUCUUGGGAUGAGCCAGAGGGAGGUGCCAGGGGGUAUUUCCUUGCCCUGUCCCCGCUGGGGUCAGGCAUGCUGCUGCAGAAUGCCUCUGCUGGACCCAACACCACCAGCUUCUGGUUCCAUGGGCUGACUCCUGGCACACGCUACGAGAUCGAGGUGACAGCCACGCUGGCCUGCAGGGACACCAGCAGCCAGACCAUCACAGCACAGACAAGUCCCUCAGCUGUCCUGAACCUGACUCUGAGCAGCAGCAGCUCCUCCUCUCUGCGUGCAGCCUGGGCACACGGGCACGGCCACAGGGAUGGCUACAGCCUGGCACUGUGGCACAGCCACUCCCAGAGCCUGCUGAGGAACGUGUCCCUCCUGCCCAGCACCUCCACCUUCCUCUUUGAGGGGCUCCAGGCGGGCAGUGAGUAUGCCCUGAAGGUCAGCACCCUGGCUGGGACCCGCCAGGCCAGCACCAGUGCCCACCAGUGGACAGCUCCCUCCAUCCCCACCCAGCUGAGGCUCAGCCCAGCUUCCAGCACCAGCCUCGUGGCCUCCUGGGCAGGGGCUGCAGGGGCUGCCUGGCUCCACCUGGAGCUCCACAACCUCCUCACCCAGAAGGUCAGCAUGAGCCUGUCAGCCAGGAGGGGCCUCAGCAGCUACACCUUCCAGCAUCUGCAUCCUGGCACUCACUACUGGCUGGGGCUCAGUGCCACAGCUGGGCCCUACACUGCCCUGGGACCCAAUGCCACUGCCUGGACAUACCCCCUGAGUCCUGACAAUGUGACCCUGAGCAGUGCAGAGGAGCAGAACUCCUUAGAGGCUCGCUGGAGUGUCCCAGGGGGACACAGGGACUUCUACCUGGUGACCCUGCAGGAGGGACAGGACAGUGCUCCAAGCAGGAACAUCUCCGUGGGUGGGGACAACGACCACGUCACCUUCCACGGGCUGAGCCCUGGCCAGCAGUACUCUGUGCAGGUGGUGGCGGUGGCAGGGCCCUACAGGGCAUCAGCUCAGAGCUCAGCAGCCUGGACAGAACCACAAGCACCCUCUGGUGUGAGCCUGUCCAGCCAGGGCAGCCCCCACAGGCUGCUGGCCAGCUGGGAGGAGGCCCCAGGGGAGGGCUACCUGCUGCUCCUCAGCCUUGCAGAGCACCCUGUGCACAACAGCUCCUUGCCCAGGGGUGCCACGAGCUUCACCUACGAGGGCCUGCACCCUGGGAGCCUGUACAGCUUUGAGAUCAGCACUGUGGCUGGGCCCUACACAUCCUCACCCCAGUGCAUCUCCAACUGGACAUACCCUUUGGCCCUAAAGCAGCUGACCCUCAGCAAUGGGGGCCACAGCACCUCUCUGCAAGCCUCCUGGAGAGCAGCUUCCUCUGGCAGCACUGGCUACACAGGCACCCUCUGGGAAACCAAAUCCCAGGAGCAGGUCAGGAAUGUGACUGUGGGGAGUGACUGGACCAAUGUCACCUUGGAGAACCUGGUCCCUGGGCGGCAGUACACGUUGGAGAUGGCUGCUGUGGCUGGGCCUUACAGAUCCCCUGUGAGAUCAGCCACUGACUGGACAUACCCCCUGGCUCCAUCUGGAGUGACUCUGACCAACACCCGGCGCCCAAUGGGGCUCUCUGCCUUCUGGGACAAGGCUGCUGGGGAUGUGGACCAGUUCCACCUCCAGCUGUACAGCAAGAGCCAUGCAGCACAGAGAAACACCUCAGUGGGGCCUAACACCCACAACUUCACAUUCCUGGGGCUGUCCCCUGGCACUCAGUACUUCCUGAAGGUGACUGUCCUCGCUGGCCCAUACAGAUCCUCGUCACACUUUGCCACUGAGUGGACAUAUCCCCUGUCCCUGGCCAACGUGAGUGUGCAGCCUGGCCGGGAGCCCCAGGAGCUGCGCGUGAGCUGGGUGGAGUCCGGAGGUGGCAGAGAUCACUUGGUGCAGCUCUCAGUGGCCGAGUCGCUGUCCAUCAUCAGGAAUGUGUCAGUGCCCCGUGGAGUGACCCAGCUGGCCCUGCAGGGGCUGGUGCCAGGCUCCAGGUACCGCGUGGAGAUCAUUUCCCAGGCCGGGCCUCACCGCAUCUCCUCUCAGACUGCCAUCGGCUACACCGUCCCCCUGGCUCCUCGUGCCCUGUCUGCCACCCCUGCCAGCACAGCCCAGACUCUGGCUGUGCACUGGGAGGCUGCUGCUGGCCACAGGGAUGGAUACCUGCUCAGCCUGCUCCAGGAGGGCUCCUCUACACGGCCAAGGAACCUGGAAACAGGGAAGGACAGCACCAAUGUCACUGUGGCACAGCUGGAAGCAGGGACAUGCUACCUUGUGAGGAUGUGGGCAGUGGCUGGGCCCUACCGCUCGCUCCCCGAGAACACCACCGGCUGCACAGUUCCUGCUGCACCUGCAAACCUGAGCCUUACCAACCCAGGCAGCUCCUCAGAGCUUUACACAUCCUGGAACGAGCCCCCAGGCAGGAGGGACCACUACCAUGUUACCCUGUACAGCCUCAGCACCCAGAGCAGGAUUCAGGUCCAGACCUUGAGUCCAGAUGCCCUGAACACCAGCUGGACUCAGCUGGAAGCAGGCAGCAAGUUUGCUGUGCAGGUCACUGCUGUGAAAGGCUCCUUAGAAGCCUCUUCCAUCAACGUCACCCAAUGGACAUAUCCCCUGGCCCCUGUGAACCUCACCCUGAGCAGCCCCUCAGCCUCAGCCCUGGUGGUGACCUGGGCAGUGCUGGGCCGAGGGGCAGAAGGCUUCGUGGUGGAUGCCCAUGAGACAGCAUCUGGCACUUCUGUGGGGCACACACUGCUGGGUGGUCAUGCCAGGAGCCACAUCCUGAGGAAACUGAGCCCUGGCACCCGGUACAGCGUGGCAGUGAGGGCCACAGCUGGGCCCUUCCACGCCAGCACCCCCAACCUCACCCACUGCACAUGCUGGGGGCAGGGAUGGAUACAGCCUGACCCUGUACCGGGCAGCCCUGGGCACUGUGGCAGCCACAGCCUCGCUGGGCAGGGACAGCCACAACUUCACCUUCACGGGGCUGGCACCAGGACACCAGUACUUGCUGGAGGUCACUGCCACAGCAGGACAGUACCAGGCAGCAGCACCCAAAAUCAGUGCCUGGACAUACCCCGUGGCACCCCGCAAUGUGUACAUGACCAACCAGGGCUACCCCAACAGGCUGAGUGCGUCCUGGAGAGCUGAGCCCCAGGGACAGGAGGGUUACAGGCUCCUCCUGUACCACUCAGGCUCAGGCACUGUGGCAGCCAAUGUCUCUGUUGGGAAAGGCACCAGCAAAUUCACCUUCUCUGGCCUGGCUCCAGGACACAAAUACCUGCUGGAGGUGGUGUCUGUGGCAGGGCCCUACGCAGCCUCAGCAGGGAACAUCAGUGACUGGACAACCCCCUCAGUUCCCCAGAAUCUCUCGGCGGUGGCUGAAGGGAACAGCUCCAUGCUCAUCUCCUGGGGCAGUGUCCCUGGCCAGCAGGACGAGUGCCAGCUGUGGCUGCGGGACCCCCGGAACAGCUCCCUGCCCUGGAGGCACUCCCUGGCCAGGGGACAAGGCCAGCACCUCCUGCAGGGGCUGAUCCCAGGCAGGAACUACUCUGUGUCCUUGAGCUGCGUGGCUGGGCCCUACUGGAGCAGCACCAAGCCCUUGGCAGUGCCCGUGGAGCCAGAUCCAGUGAAGGAUGUGCAGUGCCUACCAGAGUCAAGGAGCCUUUACUUGAACUGGACGAGCUCUCCUGGAGACGUGGAGGCUUAUGAGGUGGUGACAGAGAGACUUUCUGAAGGACCCCCCACCUCCAGGCUCACCAUGAUCAUCCCUUCGAGCGAGGCCAGUCUGGAGGGGCUGGAGCCAAACUCCUCCUACCAAAUCCUUGUGAGCACCGUGGGCAUGAACACCCUGAGGAGCCAGGCUGUGACUCUGCUCUGCAGCACAGCAGUGGAGCCUCUGCCCCCUCCCCUGCGUGCAGAGGUGUUCCCAGUGGAGGCCAGCUCCACAGUGAUCAUCUCCCCCGAGCUGUUCAGCGAGGAGAACGGCCAGAUCGAGUACUACGGUGUCAUUGCCACCACCAAUGACUCCCUGCUGAGGCCCACGCAGGAGAUCAUGUCCAGCACAUGGUACGAUCACUACUAUGGCACAGAGGACUCCUACCUGGCAGUGCUCCUUCCCAACCCCUUCCAUCAGAGGAGCUCCCCCAACACCUGGAGGGUGCCUGUGGGGACAGAGGAGUGUGGCCACUCCAGGGCCACCUGCAAUGGGAAGCUGAAAGCCAACGAGCAGUACAGGUUCAGCAUUGCUGCCUUCACCAAAUAUGACCCAGUGGCCCCUGCUGUGACAUUCACCAUGUUCUCAGCUGCUGGAUCCAGUGCAGACACAGCUCCACUCUCAAUGCCAAUAAUUGCUGGAAUCAUUGUGGGGUUUCUUCUGACACUUGCAGCUGUUUUUGCUUUGGUUUACUGGAAACAGCUCAAAGCAAGGAGAACCAAGAAGAGCAGCCCACCCCAGGAGAUGGUGACCUACAGCCUGAGGAACGUCCACCGGCCAGUGCCCCUGCAGAACUUCAAGCAGUACUAUGAGAUGAAGACAGCAAAUGCUAAUCAUGCUUUUUUCCAGGAGUUUGAGGAGCUGAAGGAAGUUGGGAAGGAGCAGUCCAAGGUGGAGGCUGAGCUGCCAGCAAAUGUCUCCAAGAACAGAUACCCCCAUGUGUUACCCUAUGAUCACUCUCGGGUCAAGCUGAGCCAGCUGGGGCAGGAUCCUCACUCAGACUACAUCAAUGCCAACUUCAUGCCAGGCUACACAUCCCAGCAAGAGUUCAUUGCCACCCAGGGACCCCUGAAGAAAACCAUCGAGGAUUUCUGGAGGCUGGUGUGGGAGCAGAAUGUCUGCAACAUCAUCAUGCUGACCGUGUGCAUGGAGAACGGGAGGGUGCUGUGUGACCAUUACUGGCCAUCAGAGUCUGCCCCAGUGUCCUAUGGGCAGGUGAGGGUGCACCUGCUGAUGCAGAGCAGCUCUGAGGAGUGGACAGUGCGGGAGUUCAAGCUGUGGCACGAGGCUCUGGGGACAGAGCGCUUCGUGUCCCACCUGCACUACACAGCGUGGCCCGACCACGGCAUCCCCGAGUCCACCACGUCCAUCAUGGCCUUCAGGGAGCUGGUCCAGGAGCACAUCCAGAGCACCAAGGAUGCAGGGCCCACCCUGGUGCACUGCAGUGCUGGCGUGGGGCGCACGGGCACCUUCAUUGCCCUGGACCGGCUGCUGCAGCAGAUGAGGCAGGAGAAGGUGGUGGACAUCUUUGGUGUGGUGUACUCCCUGAGGAUGAACCGGUACCAGAUGAUUCAGACCCUGUCCCAGUACAUCUUCCUGCACAGCUGCAUUCUGGACAAGAUCUUGGAGGAGCCUCUCCUGGAUUUAUCGGGGACACAGAGGUCCUGCCCCAUCCCUCUGAAGAGCUUUGCCCAGCACUGUGCCCAGAAGGCAGCCAAGUCCCACAUGGGCUUCCUGAGGGAGUAUGAGCUGCAGUGGUGACAUGAGCCAGAUGGGCACCCUGAUCUCCCUGGACUGCCUGUUGCACCAGAUGAAAGCUGAGAGAACCGUGGACAUCUACGGUGUGAGCCUCCAGCUGGCCAGGAGCUGCUGCCUCCUGACCCCCACUCUGGACCAGUACAUCUUCCUGCACAGCUGCAUCCAGGACAUCCUGGCUCAGAACCAGCCCUGACACCCCCUGACCCUUCUGGCACCUUCUGCCUGCUCCUGUACAGAGCUGGGGGCACCGUGGGACCCCUGGCACAGAGGAGGAGCAGUGCCCUCCCUGCCUGGGCAGUGUCCCCAGCGUGGUGCCAGCUGUGACUCCUGGACACAUGGACAGUGUCCUGGGACACACGGACAGUGUCCUGCCAUAUCCCACUGCAUACACAGUGAGGGGCUGGGCAGGAUCCUCUCCUCUUCUGGAGCUCCCCUGAGAUUUCUGGUGCCUGGAGGGCUCUGUGCCCACUCAGUGCUCACUGUGGGGCUCUGUGGUGCCCCUGAGCUCAGCACCAGUGUGGGGCACCAUGGGCUGCAGUGCCCCGGGCUCUGCUGUGGGCACAGCCCUGGGGGAGCUGCCUUGUCUCAGCUGGAAUGCUCUUAGGUACAAACAAUAAAGAGCCCUAGGAAAGUG